AUGAGGUCCGUGGCGGACGUCGUGGUGGCUUCCGUGGCAAGCGCCCCGAGGGUGAUCGUCACCCCCACAAGGCCGCUCCUCAUGGUGGCUCCGCUAAGACCGCCGAGCAGGCUUGGGGCGGUGAGGAUGGUGAGAAAGCCCUCAACGACGAGAAGGCUGGCGAGGCCGAUGCCACCGUCGAGAAGAAGGAGGAUGAGGCCGCUGCCCCCGCUGAGGAGCAGGAGCCCGAGCCCGUCGUGA